GACAUUCCGUCAACACUUUGCCCCAGCCAAUGAAAUCUCGCGAUGUCAGAGGGCUGCCCGUGGGGUUUUGGCAGGUGUGAAAAAUUUCGUCGAGAAACCCUCCAAAAAGGGAAAUGAAAUUUUUCCCUCUCUCUUCCUCUCUCUUUCUUUCUCUCUCUUGCGGUUACAGCUCUACAAUCCAAUCCAAUGUCUAACAACGAGAGAACUUUCAUUGCUAUCAAGCCAGAUGGUGUCCAAAGAGGCCUCAUCUCCUCCAUUCUUGGUCGUUUCGAGAACCGUGGUUACAAGCUCGUCGGUAUCAAGCUUGUUACCCCAUCCGAGGCCUUGUUGAGAACCCACUACUCUGACUUGCAAGAGAAGCCAUUCUUCCCAUCUCUGUUGUCCUACAUGCUCUCUGGUCCAAUUCUCGCCACCGUCUGGGAGGGUAAGGACGUUGUGAAGCAAGGUAGAGCCAUCUUGGGUGCCACCAACCCAUUGCAAUCUGCUCCAGGUACCAUCAGAGGUGACUUUGCCAUUGACAUGGGUAGAAACGUCUGUCACGGUUCCGACUCUGUCGAGUCUGCCAACAAGGAGAUUGACUUGUGGUUCAAGAAGGAGGAGUUGGUUGAGUACAAGCCAGCUUUGUUCGGUUGGAUCUACGAAUAAGCGUAUUGGUCCCACCGCUCUUCUCCAAUCUGUCUUGAACGCUAUUUAGAUUAAUAUAUAUUCUAGGUGUGUUUCGCUAAUGUGUAGACAAUGCAGAUGGUGUU